AGAAAACGUGGCCAGAAACAUGCGGUCGAUCGAAUCAGACGGAGCGAAACUUCCAUACACCUCACCUGGAUGUCGUACAAAGCCAUGGAAAGCACCUGCUUUUUGUAUUUUGUUUUUCUUCUUCUUUUUAUUUCUCUAAAAAUAAAGCUUUAAACUGUGUCUGUCUGCCUGGGUGCCAAGUUGGUAUAUUUUUCCAAUCAAAAAUCAAAGUUUCCAUUUUUGUAAUAAAAUAAAUCCUCACUUCCUUCCUGGGAUGGGGAUGGGCAUGGAAAUUGAGGAGCCAAACACGUGCAUAAGGGGGUGUUGUAGAAGCAAUUCAAUUCCUCUUCAUCUUCCUCCUUCCUCUUACACUCUUCUCUCCCCUGUUGCUCGUGGUGCGGAGAGUGUUGUCUAUGAAGCCAUCUUGGAUGGGAAAAAAGUGGCUGUCAAGAAACCCAUCUUGUCUACUUCUCAAGACCUUGAUAAGUUUCACAAGCAGCUGCAAUUGCUAUGUAAUCUAGAUCAUCCUGGACUAGCGAAACUGGUUGCAGCCCAUGCAAAGCCACCCAACUACAUGUAUUUCUUUGAAUUCUACGAUUCUCCAAAUCUUUCCGAGAAAUUACACGUGCAAGAAUGGAGCCCUGGUAUCGACCAGGUUCUCGCUAUAGCUUUCCAUUUGGCCAAGGCUUUGCAGUAUCUGCAUAAUCUUGGGAUUUUGCACAGGGAUGUGAAGCCAGCCAACAUUCUUCUUGACAAAGAUCUUCAUCCGCACCUAACAGACUUUGGUCUGGCAGAACACAAGGAAGACAUCAGAAAAGUUUCUAUUGAAACCUGGAGGUCAUCUGGAAAGCCUACUGGUGGUUUUCAUAAAAAAAAUAUGGUUGGCACGUUGAUUUACAUGGCUCCUGAAAUACUAAAGAAGGAAGUGCAUACAGAAAAGUCAGAUGUCUACAGUUUUGGUGUAUCAAUCAAUGAGGUUCUUACCGGUGUUGUUCCAUAUACCGAUCUUCGUGCUGAAGCCCAGGCCCACACUGUGCUAGAGAUGAGCUAUACUGAGCAGCAACUUACAGCAGCUGUGGUGUCUGAUGGAUUGCGACCAGCCCUUGCUGAUCCUAAGUCAGAUGUGCCAUCAACAUUGUUGUCUCUGAUACAAAGAUGUUGGGAUGCAACUUCUCAAAAUAGACCCUCGUUCAGUGAUAUAAUUGUGGAGCUUGGUUUGAUUUUGGAACACAGAAAGAGGAUGAAGGUCCCAAAUUUGGGCAUUCGUGAACCUUCUACUUCUCUUUGUGACCAGCCUACAGAUGUCAACAACUUCCAAGCUUUUCAAGCGGGUAUUAACUGGUAUACUCAAGGAGAAUGCUUCUCCAAGGAAGCCUCUCGUGAAGUCAAAUCUAGUUUGACAAGUUGGCUUGAGUCAUCUAAUGAUACAUUGGCAUACCAACCAGUAUUAUCUUGGGGAUCCUUUGCUACAUGCGGGAGAAGGGAGACCAUGGAGGAUACUCAUUUUCUAAUUCCCCAUGUUUGCAAUGAAAGAGAUGUCCAUGUUUUUGCUAUAUUUGAUGGCCAUAGAGGUGCAGCAGCUGCUGAGUUUUCAGCCCGUGCUUUGCCAGGAUUUCUGCAAGCUUUAGGUUCUUUGACCAGUCCUGCUGAUGCAUUAUCUAAAGCAUUCAUCAAGACUGAUAUUGCAUUUAGAACUGAGCUAGAAUCUUAUCGUAAAUCCAAGAGAGUGAUGCAGAAAGAUUGGCAUCCUGGUUGCACUGCAGUUGCUUCUCUUAUAGUUAGGAAUAAGCUUUUUGUUGCUAAUGCUGGUGAUUGCAGAACAAUCUUAUGUAGGGCUGGUGACCCUGUUGUUCUAAGCAAGGAUCAUGUUGCCAGCUGUCUUGAGGAGAGAGAGCGGAUUCUUAGUGCAGGGGGUCAAGUGAAAUGGCAGGUUGAUACAUGGCGUGUCGGCGCUGCUGCUCUCCAGGUGACUCGUUCUAUUGGUGAUGAUGAUCUUAAGCCUGCUGUAACAGCGGAACCUGAGAUAACGGAAACUAUUUUAUCUGCAGAGGAUGAAUUUUUGGUAAUGGCCAGUGAUGGGUUAUGGGAUGUCAUUAGCAAUGCAGAGGUUGUAAACAUAAUCAGGGACACUGUCAAAGAGCCUGUGAUGUGCUCCAAGAGACUGGCUACAGAAGCUGCAGAGCGUGGCAGCAAAGACAACAUCACCGUAAUUGUUAUCUUCCUUCGUCCUGUAUCUACGGCAGAGAGAAUCUAUUAGGCUAAUUCCAGUUUUCUACCUCGGAGUGCAAUUUGUCGGGUAGGAAAUCAAUGGUAGUGGUAGCAAGUAAACUGGAACUUUUUUCCUUAGUUUUGUUUUGUUAUCUUAAUUGCUUGUUAGAUGCAUUUUUUGUGCGUCUACUCUCUGUUGAAUGAUAUGUGAGCAAAGCAAGGAACGUACUUGCUGUAUUUCAGUUGAAACAUUCUGUUUUUGUA